AUGUCGGGGAUGCGCAUGCUGGCAACGUGUCUGUUGCUGUGGGGGCUGGUCAGCACGGUUUGCAGAGCAAAGGCGGUGCAGGAUGGUCCCGUUAGCAUCAAUCUUGGGACCCGCGUGAACACGCUGCCGGACGCCUGGCUGGGCGUUGGCGAGGAGAUGUGGCACUUUAUCGAGGCAGCAGCGGCUGACGAUCUGCAAAACCCCCGUUUGGUAGGAGCCAUUGCCGCUCUCGCUCGGCAUCGUCCCUUCUUCUUGCGCGUUGGCGGGAUCACGGCCGACUGGGUGACCUACGAUGUCUCAGAUGCUUGCGAGCAGCAGCAGCAUCAUGGCUUGAGCUUGGCAAGCAUGGGUCGGCUUCGCGAUUUUUCUCUCGACCCUGCAUCACUGAGCGGCUCGUGGCCCGAUGCCCCGGAGAAUCUCACCCAGUGCAUGUACCGUCAGCUCCUCAACUUUUCCGUGGCGGCCAACGUCGAGCUGAUGUUUGAUCUCAACGAGCUCACGGGCCGCGACUGUCACGUGGACAAUACCACGCACUGCGAGGGUGACUGGAACACCACCAACCUCGAGACCUUUCUUCGCUACCUCAAGGACGAGGACCUGAUCUUGCCAAACUUUCACGGCUUUGAGCUGGGCAAUGAGCUAACCCGCUCCGAUCACAUUAACAUGACCGUCAACAUUGCCGACAAUCGGCGGCUGCGCCAGCUCAUCGAGACGGUGUGGACGGACAAUGCCACACGUCCCAAGACGUUUGGCCCUUCCACUGACAUUUGCGAUGAUACAUCGGCACAGUUUAUGGACGCCCUGACCGGCACGGUCAGUGGCUUUACCUUUCAUUCGUACCCAAAUUUGGAUGACAGCACGGCACCUGCCACACUGCUGAACCCGGCUUGGUUACGCACGGGCAUCAUGCUCAAUGAUUCUCAUGCCAACAGCGGAGAAUGCAUCGUUCAGUGGAAUGCCGGGCCUCGACAAGAGGGUCUGCAAGUCUAUCUCACGGAAACCAAUUCAGCCUACACCAACUCAGAGGUUCUUACGACGUUUGUGAAUGGCCAUUGGGGGCAUACGGCCUUCUUUGCCCUGGUCACGAUUGACGGCGGCGGGCGUACGGACUACUUCAUUGCCCUCCUGUUUCAAGAGCUGGUUGGCCACGGUGUGCUCAAUACGACGACCAGCAGCGAUGGCGUGCUGGCCUACGCUUAUUGUGCACGAGGGUCUGCGGACGUUGUACUGUCCCUUCUCAAUCCAGGCAACUACAGUGCCAAUUUUACGCUUGAGGGCUAUGCUGGCGACUUUGACCUGUACUUAUUUGAGAGUAGCACCAGCGACGUACUGAGCAAUCAGACCAAGAUCAACGGGCAACUCAUGUCGAUGGACGAGAUGGGCAACCCAACCAUGCCCCAGCCCGUAUCGACACACAGUCUGGUGUUACCCCCGAGCACGUAUGCUUUUGCGGUGACCCGGCAGUGGCAGAGCAGCGAAUGCCAGGCGUCAGGAUGA